UUUUGGAUAUCCUGGGUAGUGGUAGUGGUGGCGGCGGUGGUGGAAAACUUUACAUGUAGCUUAGAUAGAAGUUAACACACAGACAGACACCUAUCAACUCGAGACAAUCCUGAUAAAUGUAUCGAAGUCCAGCAAUUUGCACUAAAAUCUAUAGAAAGCUGGUUUUCUUUCUUUAGUCUCCGCUCGCGCUGUCUGAAAAUGGAUUCGAGAUAUAUAAUGGAGAAGUCUUCGGUUGGGACAAGGGUCGGUGGUGCGGAUUUCAACUGCCGGGCAGAAAGCUCUGUGCUCCGCGACAUACGGGUCGCCACGGUGGAGAAAAACGGUCCCAUGCCGGCGUACACAAACGGCCCUGUCCACUACAAAUUUGUAAUGGAGGGCGGCACGGCGACGGAGAUUAAAAGUGAGGGGAACGUGAGUGGACUUUCUCCGGGCGGACGAAUAUUGCACGAGGUGGAAAAAACAAACCUGGGGGACCAAAGAGAUGCUGAUUCCUCUGGGGUCCUGAAGAGGGCCAGUCCUACCCACUGCCCAGGCCUAAACGGGCAGCUGCCAGGCAGCUGCAUGCACUUGGACAUCAGGAACCCUGGGAAACAGGCAGAGCUGGCCAACAACUUCAGGGCAGCACUAGGGCGGAGUGUACCGCUGACAGAGAGACAACCGCUGUCCUCCAACCACAUCCCUGUACCCAGGAACAGGAAGCCCUCAGGUCAUGCAGAUAAGGAGGUGAUGGCUGCCACCGUCCUGACCUCACUGUCCACAUCCCCUUUGGUGCUCAACCCUUCCUCUGCGGCCACAGUCCCAGAGUCAGCUAGCAGGGCGUGGAAAGAGGUGCUAUCAGCCAGCUACAGCAGUUCAACUAGCGGCAACUGGAGCUGGGAUGCCAGCGACCAGUCAGUGCCCUCCACGCCGUCCCCACCUCUUUCCAACGAUGCCAACAAGAACUUCUUGCUCUCGUCCCAGUGUGAUGAUGUCAAUGAGGAUGUCACAGAGAGCACACACUUCAUGUUUGAGGACCCCAUACCUCGGAAGCGAAAGAACUCCAUGAAGGUGAUGUUCAAGUGCUUGUGGAAGAACUGUGAAAAGGUCCUCAGCACCUCCUCAGGGAUCCAGCGACACAUCCGCACCGUCCACCUGGGGCGAAACAGUGACUCGGAUUACAGCGACGGAGAGGAGGACUUCUACUACUCAGAGAUCGAGGUCAACAUGGACAGCUUGACGGAGGGCUUGUCCAGCCUCACACCCACCUCCCCCACCACGGCCGGACCCCCGCCCGUCUUUCCUCCACCGCUCACCAACGUCCCUCAUUCUGAACACAUCAACAUGAACGGUUCGCAGAGCCACGCGCCCACACUGCUCAGCCAGUCCGCUCCAUCCACGCUCUGCCACAUCCGCACUGACCACGCCUACCAGGCAACUGCCCCAGUGAGUAUCCCAGUGAGUCCUGAUUUGGCUGAGUUAGGCAGUGGUAAUGGGACCAGGCCUGGAAUUGGGACUGGGAAUGGCAUCAGUGUGUCGUGGCAGUCCCCUCCUGUCAUUUUCAAAGGCGCUCCGGGUCCUGUGACUCAUGUGCGGACAGUCAGCAUUGGUGAGAAGAGACAGCCUGCAGCCAGCACGCACACCACUGUCAACAAGAACCAUGCAGUAACAACACAGGCUGCUAAAGCAACACCAGGAACCAGGAAACCCCGCGGGGAGGCGAAGAAGUGCCGAAAGGUGUACGGCAUGGAGAAGAGAGACAUGUGGUGCACAGCCUGUCGCUGGAAAAAAGCCUGUCAGAGAUUCACCGACUAAUCCUGCCCCUUUCCCGCGUCCAUAAGAUGAACUCUUCCUCACUCAGAGCGACAGCGAGGUGGGCUCUUCCACUGAGAAGACGGAGGGGAGAUGUCAUCUCGAUGGAGCUUUCAGUGCUGCUUCCUUCAGCCCAGCAGGGGUUUCGCCUUCUCUAUUUCCCUUUUCCAAACACAAAGAGAAAUGAAACUGGUUGAUAAAAAGAAACAAAAAAGAAAAAUCAGUUAGAAAAAAGAACUUUUAUGCAGGAUAGGAGACUUUUUCUAAGACUGAAACAACUCAAGAAUUUGGAUACUGAUUUGAUUUUUUUUUUGUUUUUCACUCGCCAUUUUUCACAGCCUAAACUCCAGGCUUUGUUUAAAGACUACAGAUAAGCUUUUGGUAUACUCUGUUCAUUAUAGGAUCAUCAUGUAAUCUGCUGUUUAUGGCGUGGAUCAUGACUCUUUUUUGAAAGUUCAAGGGUGAACACCAGUUUUGCUCGGUAAGACCUCUGUAGCAUAUCCGUUUUUAUUGUCACUGUUUAAGGGACUUCAAAGCUACCAAAGGCUUAAAGCCUGUUCACUUACAACCGACAGUAUAAAAAUCCUUAAAUCAGCAUCACUUUGCUCUGCAUCGUCCCUGGAUGAUAUGGACAGUAUAUCUAUCAGUAUCUAAAGUCUGUUCUUUAAGAUAAUUCAACAGCCAGCUAGACUUUCUAUGAUUGUGCAAAGAUGCACAAAACCCUCAGAAAAAAGUGGUACAAAAAGUUUCCCAUGGACUUUUCUGAAACAUUUUUGAGAGACAUACACAAUAUAUGAGUUCUAUUUCCGUCUCUUCUUCUCUAACACUUGUACCCUAAAAGAUAUGCACCUUGAAGAAAUGAGUUGUCUUUUAGGGAAUCACUGUAACCACAGCGUUUGUCUGAGAGAGUGGAUUUGUAUUUCUUUAGACUUUAUUUUCAGCAGUGACAUGCUGAAGCAACUAGCAGUUGCACUGUGCAAUCAGCAGAAUUACAGCAUCUAAUAUUGUCGUUCUUGCUUUGUGGUUGUCAUUGUAGUUUAGGGGAGCAGUGGCUCAGUUUUUCCCCUAUGACAGCUGAUAUGCUUUAAGAGAUUGUUUACCACAAUGAAUGAUCCAGACCUUUGAAACUCUUACACACACUUUGAUUCAUGUCAAUUGUUUUGUUUCUUUUUAGCUAAUUAACUGAGAUUGUAACCCACCAAUCACUACCUGACUAUAAGUCAGGCGGUCACUUCACUUCUUACAGUUUCAAAUGGAGAGGUUACCCAAUCUUUAGUCUUUGAAAGAAACUUUCACUAACCAGCAUUAAUACAGACUAUGAUAGAAAGAACUGACCUCUGUUAUUUUAGAAAAAGUUGUGAUUAGUCUUGUAAAAUGAUCCAACAUUCGGUCUUACGUUUGAUAAUGAAAAUAAGAACUGAAACUGCAUAAGCAGAACUUUAAAAACGUUUUUACCAAAGUGGAGUUUAGAUUUUUGCAAAAGGCCUUUAAUGUUAAGUGAUGGUCCUGCUUUUCAAAACUUUAGAUAAAAUGUAGAUGGUAGAUUGUAGAUAGUUAGACGUUUUACCUUUAGCUUCAUCCCUUUUAAUCUAUUUUCUUAUUUGAAAAAAAAAAAAGAAAACUGAUUUUUGAAAAUAGAGUCAGACUUGAAAAAGAAAAUAGCUCCCUUUUAAUUUUAAAGUCCAAGCAAACAGAGACAAGCAUUAAAGAAGAAGUGGAGUGUUAGAAGCUUUGGUUUUUAAUUGGCCCACUAUUUUUCCUAGGCCUACAACCAAGGGCCAAGAGUAUGCUAUUUGCAUUUAAAUGUAUUUGGCUCAAUAAAGAAGUAUGACAGCUUAAUACUGAUCCCUUAUUCGUGAUAAAAAUGUCAAAAAGUAAAAGACGUAACUGGAAAUUGUCACUCUUUUGUAGCAGUCCUUUCAUUCAGAGACCCUCAGGAGCAUUUUUAUUAACUUGUGCUCAACUGACGCAGAUAAUAUUCAGGUUUGAUUCGUAAAAUCCUCUUUUUUAGGUCAGUGGUUCUCAAUCCGUUGGACAUCAGGAGCCAUCAGCACCUCCUUAUGAGAAAUUACAACCCAAAUCUCAAAGAUUUUAUAGCCACACAAAUGUAUUUAAUAGACAAGGUCACAAUUUGGUCCUUAGAUGGAACAAAACAUGAUUAAAUAAACAGGACAACACAAAUAUGUCUGAAAGGCAUGCUGUUACAGAAUGGCAUGCAUACACUUUAUUUUUACUUUUCCUAGAAUAAAUGGAAAUUUUGGCAAUUCCUCGAGGAAGUACUACAUUUUCUUGGGAAAACCAGCUCUUUUUAUUCGAUGAAGAUGAGAUAAAUAAGGAAAAAUCUUGUGUAAAAUUACUGAAAUUCACCCCAGUUCAACCCACUUUGCAAAUUAUGGCUUACGCUUUGACAAAAAUGGAGGAAAAAGCCCCAAAUUUCCUCAGCUUCAUGAACAUUCUGCCCUCUGUCUUUCAAGAUGAUGUCCUCUUUUCAAGUUUAUGAAACAUUCCAUCCUUGCCUUUGAAGGUGAUGCCAGUAGUCCCUGUAAAGUGAUAAAAAAAAUCUUUAUUUUAGGUUUGUUGUAUGACAGACCACUGUGUUAUGAUCCACCAGGCCAAAUUUUGAUCAUAGAAAAUGUCUAAGUUUAUGAAAUUAAGCUUGAAAAUCUUUUGAAUGAGGCAGUAUAAUCUCAGUGUUUUCACAUGUUUACAUCAACCUCAUUCCAACAUAUCUAGUAUGUUAAGACACAAAUGUUGGAUUUCACUUUACAGGGACUUUAAAGUAUUGGCCUCCACUUCUGUCCAUUAUAGACUGUUAGUCCCCCUUUUGUUCCAGGCACACAUUCACACUGGAAGCAGCUUCGUGAGUCCUGACCCACCAGUUGAGAACCACUUUUCUAGAUUAUACCCUGCUUCUCAUUAACAAAAUUGAAAUAUCCCCAAAAAGUCCUCUCUACUGUCACUGUGAAGCCCUUUCUCCUUAGAUGCUGAUUUAGACGAGGAAAAACUCCACUUAUUAGAAAAAAAAACAACAGGUGUUUUAAAGGCGAGUAUUCAUUAUAGAUGUUUAUUUUUGACUCUUUUGCAGUUUUUUUGAACUCCCUCUUGUAAAUUCUGCUGUUUGUUCUCUUUUGACACUGAUCUGACCUUAUUGUCAUAUACAUCCACACUCACUCUCACACACACACACACACACACCCACAUACACACACACACACACAGUGCCUUUCCUCUCCUCUAUAAGCCGGCUGUGGAGCAUCCUUGACUGAGGCACAGUCCUCUGUCUCCAUAGAAACACCUGUGCUGUCCUUUGUCGCCACAGGGUGACUUCUGUGGUCUGCUGGCGACCAGUUAUCACCUAGCGAUAAAACGGAGAAACACAUGCUCGAGUGUUAAUUGGUGUCUUCAAGUGAUUGGGCAAAAAUGUUAAGCACUCGUCAGUCAUAAAGAGUGAAUUUUAACUGUCAUUUAAUUCUGAAAAAAUGAUGAAUCCUGCCUGGAAAUCCCCAGCAGCAUCCCAGAUAAGCUAGGUCUCUCUCUGCAGGCCUCCUCUGGUCAGAAUCUUCACAAAGUGCCAAUGAAAAGAACAUAAAAAGAAAAAAAAGGUGAACCAACCUGAUGAAAUUGCACUACGUUGCACUGCACAAAGAUAUGUUUUAUACGUGGACGUUUUAUAUACACAAACUUUUCAAGUGAGAGGAUUUUCUGUUAUUUCUGAGGGCGUCGUCACUGCCUAGUUGGAAUAAAUGGGGUGUCAGGGAGAGAGGUUCUGUACCUCUGAGGUCCCCCCAUUGUUAGCAAGUGAUCUUGACAGCUAUAACUUGCUUUGUCAGAUUUAUUGGACUUUUGUGUGCUGGCUGUUUUCACCGGUGAGUGAGAGGUACUGAAAAGUACAGCUUGGUACUAAGUCGGUCACUUGCCUUUCCUUGGAGGAAAGAAGCACCAGCCUUGUUUUAGUGAAGGGAAAACACCGGUUUCAGCUACACAUUACAGAUGCUUUUACACUGAUUAUCCUCUGGGAUGAUAUUCUUUUUUACCCAUAAUUCUCAUCUUUGUGCUUUUACUCAAACAGGUUCCUGCUUAUUUACAUUUUACUCGGCUGAGGUAGUGACUGUAUCAGUGCUGAAUACCACUUUUCAUUCUUUUAUCCCUGGUUUGGUCAUGGUUUGAUUCAGUACAUUUACAUGCACUUAAACAAGCCAGAUUAUUGUGUUAGACUGGCUAAAACUGGACUUUUAUAAUCCAUUUAAACAUCUUAGUGCGACUGAGAAUGUUGAAGAUGAAUGAAAACACCAAGAUAAUGCAGCUGGGGAUGUGGUUUACUCUUGCUUGUUUGAACAUCAAUGGGACUAGACUGGAACAGGUGUUCUGCACAUGUUCCACAGUUUCCAUGCAGAGUGUUGAUUAGCAUCAAUGCUAACCAGAGCAGAAGGUACAUUGUUGUCUACCUUCAGAUAUCUUAAGCUAGAGAGUGGUGUGCAUCGCAUUUUGCCAAAAGUAAAGCAUAGAGUCUUUACAGAAUGUAUGGAGCCAAAAAAUGUGUCCAUGUUUUCAUAGAAAGGGUCUUUUCAAGUAGUCCUUUUUGGUUUGGAAGGUUCCUAACUGGGAGAAACGACCCAGAAGUAUGAAAAGAGCUGUUUCACUGAAUUCACUAAAAGAUACAAGGCAGUCUGGCUGCAGACCAUUCAUCUCUGACGGCCACUCUCACAGGCCGUUCAUCUGAGACGCUGUACUUCUCAGAACAGAAAUACAACCUAAAACCUUUGAAAUAAAGUCAGAUUAAACUUCCUUUUAGGGUUAGGGUAAAGGUUAAGGUAAGGGUUAGGAUACCAAAUGUUAUAAGUCAGUAACCUGGCCUGCAAAACUUUAUUACAAUACGUAAAAAAAAAAAGCCGAGUAAACAGUCUGCUUACAGGAAGAAAGCUCAUCCUCCAUGAGACAUUCUAACACAGCCAGUGUGUAGCUAAUUAAGCUACUUAAGCAACAGAGUUAACAGCGCUAUUUAGGCAACAUUUGUUAAGCUGAGCUUAAAAGAAGCUACAUAGCUAAGUUAGCUUUAGUUACAUUUGCUAAAGCUGACGUUGCUUAAGAUAACUUGGCUAUCAAUAAUGGAGCUAUGUAGCUAACAUAGCUGUGUAGCUAAUGUGGCUAAAGCUACGUUCACAAAGCUUUAGCUACAUAGAUAUACUAUCUAGAUAACUAUGUUAUGUUUGCCAAAGCUUAUGUUGCCAAAGCUAACUAUGCUACAUUGGCUUGCAUAGUAAUGUUAGUUAUGUAGCUAGUGUAGCUAUGUUAGCUUUAGCUAAAGCUAAGGAAGCUUAAGCGAGCCAGCGCUUGUGUAGCUACUUCUCUGACAGGUCUAAGAAUAAUUUAAAGUUUGAUUUCUGGUAUUUGUAUGAUUCUAAAAGUAGCUUAAUGACAUAAUGUAAUUAUUCCAGUUCACAUCAUAGUAACAAAAAAUACGAACAGAAAAGAUUUUUCUGUAUUAAAGGAAUGUUUUUAGUCAUUUUCAUUGUGCCUUUAAGUUAGCCAAGAGCUGAAAAUCAAAGAGAGUCUGUGUAGACUUAAACAGCUUCGAAAGAAAAGAAAGUUAAAGCUAUAACAGAAAGGCAGAUAAUAAAAGAACAGAUCUUACUUAAACAAACACCUUAGCAAAAAAUGAUUUAAUGAUGUAAGUACAAUAAGAGAUCCUUUCAACUGUUCUAGAUGUUCAGACUGUCAUAUUGUCUAAAAGCUGCCCCAUGCUGAUAAACAAAAAAAACUUAGUUUGCUAAUUUAUUUCAAAGUUUUAUGUUUUAUUCGCUGCACAAAACAUCACAGAGAACACGUCAGACAAUUGGUACAAAUUUUGUAGUUCAUUUGUGGUAAAAAGUAGUUUUUACACAGUAAACCUACGUCACAUCCUUAAAAUUCACCUAAUGUACGAGAAGUCUGAUUCUUUAUCACUGCCAUUCUCUUAGCCUGUCCUUUUAGUCACACCAUUCCUUGAUCCUGCAACAUUUUUCAUCAAGGUCAAAGAAAAGUGGGAAAGGACUUUUUUGAACAGACCCUGCUUUUUUAGUAGCAACUUGUCAACAGGACAAGGUCCAUCAUACCUAGCUGAAAGAGGGGAUGUCACCAUCCACCAUCCUCCUUUCAAUACAAUUGAUUGUCCAGCUGUGCAGGUAUAUUGGGAUAAGGAUAGAAGUCCAGUCAAAAGCCUCAUCAAGCGUUAACCAUAAGUCGACGUUACGGUGCAUGUAAACGUACUGAGUGUGGCAUGCAGCCCAUCAGCUCUCUCUCCAUCCUCAGUGUCAGCACUUUUGGACUCCACCAGCAGAGUCAGAGUUAUGUAAACAGGUUCCUGCAUUUCAGCCUUUUUGAAAAGUUGCACUAAAAGUUGCCGGUGACUAUCAAGGCUGAAGCUUUACCAUCAGAAAAAGCUUGACUCAGUGCUGUAAUGUUGGUCACUGUGGCCUUUGGGUACAAUGGUUGUCACAAUACUUUCAAACUAGUAGGAGUCUAGUAAAAGACACACCAUGGCAGCAAAAUCGGAAGCCCUAGGCACCACAUAUUGGGGAAUCUCUUGUUUUCAGCCAUGAAAUAUCGCAGGCAAAUUCCUGCACACUGCCUAAGUUGCGCAAAAACAGUGAAUGUUGCAAAUAUAUUUGUGCAAUUAAGAUAGUGAGCGUGAUUAAUUUCACUCCUAUGCACCUGCCAAAUGAAGCAGAUCUAGUUUUUAAAAAUUUUGUUACUUUUGGGUAUUAUCAAUGAUCACGAUAGGAGAGACUGUAUUGGUUAAAGCAUCUGAAAUUGAGAAAGUAACCAAAUAUCAAAAAGUCUGACAACCUAAGUGGAUAGAGAGUAGUUUUUGUGCACAGAUAAGAGACCUUAAUAGGUGAAUAUCUGGUUGUAAGAUCAACUUUACUAACUUCCACUUAAAGAAUGAGUGAUGGAGAUUGAAGCUGUGUUAUGGCUGGAAGGCAGGCACAAGACGCGCAGUGACGAUGUAAAUGGAUUUGCAGUUUCAGGGCUUUCUUGUACAUAUGCAACAUAAAGAGAACCGUGAGGCUUUUUUUCAUAUAUUGUUGUUUUUCUUUGUUGUUGUAUCUUGUUAUAUGAAAGGUUUUUUUUACAUUAUAGUUGCUAAGAAUAUUUUCUUUCUUUAAUAAAAGUCAAUUGAGAAGCUAUAGUGAACAUAACACGUAAAGAUUCAAUGUAUAUUGUAGCUUAGAGGCAAAGGGGAGAAAAAAAAACUUUUGAAUGUAUAAAAAAAAAAACCCACAGAAAGAAACGUCUUUUGUUGUUGUUGUUUUGUUUGCUGGUUAGUUUGUAGUGAACCUGUAAUGAUUUCGGUAUCCAAAUCUUUUAACACCCACAGACAGCUGUCGCCACACUGCUAACUCAUAUCAAGUGACACAACCAUGCAGUAUUGCUUUACUAUCCUUUACUUUGUGCAAUGAGAUGCUUUAUAAUGGAACAAGACCUAACCUUUGGUGACAUCUCACUCACACUUGAUGUUUGUCUCUCUCCCUGCCAGAUAGUCAUUUGUUUCUGAACGUGUGGUUGUCAUUCGUGGUUAACGUUUAGUUGUUUCUUCGGCAGGAUGAAAAUAUUAACCUUGUGGACUCUUUCUCCUGCCCUGCACAUUCCAACAGACAGCACGCUUUCUAGUGUCUUCCACUUGUUUCCUAAUAGACGUGUCCUUUCUGUUUCCUCUUACUCGCUGCGGUGAUUUGUCUCUAAUCACUUUGUCCUUUCCUAUUUCCUCUUCUCCUGCUCUCCAGCUUUACUGUGGUCCCACCCAAGCCUUUACCCAGUAUAUUAAGCUAAACUAAACCCUUGAAAUGUGCAUAAAAAAAGCCUUCAUAUAUAUUUUUUCUCCACGUCAAAAGUGUAUGUGCUGCUUUCUUGAAUGUCAGUUUGUGUGUAAACCAGCAGCAGCAGCAAACCAAUGGAUCUCCUUCCAAAUCAAAUGUAAUGUAAUGCAUUGCAAUGGCAGCUCCACUCAGUCCUCUGCUUCCUCCUCUUCUUCUUCUUUUGUGCUCUUAUUGUUUGUCCUGGUUCUUAUUUGAUGACCAUUUUUCUCCUUGUGUUUUUACUGAGCCUUACACUGGCUGGUGUGAAAACUGACUUCUGCUUGUUGUAUUUUCUUCUCGUUUUUUCAUUGAUUGAUUGAUUGUCUGGUUGAGUUUGAGGUUGUUUUGCAUGUCUAGCAUCGCUCACCGCCCCCCUUGUUCCUUUUUUUAUUUUUCAGUCGUUAUAGGAGAUAAAACACUGAAGGGUUUUAUAUGUUCGAUUUCCCCUUUCAGUGUCUGAUAACCCGAGGCUGAUGUUUGUUGUCCUAAAAAGUGAAAGAAAACGCUUAUCACAGCCUGACACGAACGCAGAGUAAAAAGCGUUUUAAAUGACGUCAGCUUUGGGUCUUCACUGGAGGGCAAGAUUUUCCUCCUGUGUGUGGGCUCUGCUCUUCAUCAGCGGUCCCACGCACACGGAUGAAGCACUUUGUGAGGAGUGGUGCACUCAAGGAGUAUUUGUGUGAAUGUCAAGCCUAUAACUAGUGCUCGAAAAAAGAUGGAUGACCAUGUAAGAUGCUGAUAAUGUGAUCUAUGUGAUGUAAUGUGAUGGAAAGAAAAUAAACAUGAAUGGAAGAA